AUGGUCUCGCCCGCAGUCAACGUCGUCCGGUACACCGCGCUUGCCUCGGGCAUCGUCUACGGCAUCGUGCACCGCAAGACCCUCCAGGAGCGAUUCGACAAGACCGCGGCCGAGAAGGAGGUCCAGCAACGGGCACACUGGCUCGAGGAGGCCAAGAAGGCGUGGGAGGCGCAGAAGUUGCAGGGCAAGAGCGGCGUCGUCACCGACCCCGAAGCGCCCAACUUCGACCUCGAGGCCCUCCUCAAGUCGUACGAGAAGUAG